UUUCUCUCUUCCAGAUCAGUCUUUUGUAACCCUAGCUACAAAUGAUUCCUAUGUGAAAGGAGCACUGGUAUUAGGUUCAUCUCUACAACACUACAGAACAACAAAGAAGUUAACUGUGCUUGUAACGCCCCAAGUUUCAGAUCCAGUGAGGAAGGUGCUGGAAAAGGUAUUCGAUGACGUUGUAUUGGUAGAUAUCUUGGACAGUGGGGAUUCAGCUCACCUAGCGCUAAUGAAAAGACCUGAACUGGGUAUUACCUUAACAAAACUCCACUGCUGGGAACUGACUCAGUAUUCAAAAUGUGUAUUCAUGGAUGCAGACACAAUGGUCUUGGCAAACAUUGAUGAGCUUUUUGAGAGAGAGGAGCUAUCUGCAGCACCAGAUCCAGGCUGGCCUGACUGUUUUAAUUCUGGAGUUUUUGUUUAUCGACCUUCCAUUGAAACAUACAAUGAGCUGUUACAACUUGCCACAGAGAAGGGUAGCUUUGAUGGAGGGGACCAGGGGUUACUAAACACUUUCUUCAGCAGCUGGGCAACAACAGAUAUCAGCAAGCAUCUACCAUUUAUUUAUAACUUGAGCAGUAUUUCUAUAUACUCAUACCUCCCAGCAUUUAAAGUGUUUGGUGCAAAUACUAAAGUAGUGCAUUUCUUGGGAAGCAUAAAACCAUGGAACUACACCUAUGACUCCAAAACAAAAAGCAUAAGAGGAGAUGCACAUGAUCCGACAAUGGUUCACCCAGAAUUCCUCAAUAUCUGGUGGGAUAUCUAUAUUACCAACAUCUUACCUCUAUUAGAGCAGCAUGGAGUUGUUAAAGAGACCACCACAGGUGUAAACAUGGAUGAAGUUACAGAGGCAGUGUCCCACAUGUCAGUUUCAGCAACAGCAUCAUCACCUUCCUCACCACCGCCACCACCAACUGUAUCUUCAGAAGACCGCAAAGAGAAGUGGGAACAAGGCCAGGCUGACUACAUGGGAGCAGAUUCUUUUGAUAACAUCAAGAAAAAACUUGACACCUACCUCCAGUAGAAACUUUUGUCUCCUCUAAACACAGACAGUACAAGGACUUGGUCCACAGCUAUAGCAACUAGAAAAGUGUUGAAUAUGGUCAGUUAAAUUCACUAGUAGCUUGAUUUUUUUUUUUUUUUUUUUUUUUUUAACUCCUUGGCUGAAAGCCUCUGCAGUACUACAGGUGAGAACUGAGCAAAAGCUAUAAAGCAGAAAUUGUUCUGCCACCUAUACUUUCCCAACUUUCAAGUCUUCCCUAAUAUAUUUGCUGGAUAUGCCUGGAGAGGGGGAUGGGAACACCUUAUUGGGAGCAGGGCACUAAACUAGCUUGAAACUUCUUCCUUUAAACCUAUAGAGCUGUGCUUUACCUCUAAAAGGUGGAAUGGCAUUACUCCUGUUUGCUUGCUAUCUUGCACAUAAGACCUUUUACAGGGCUGCUCAGAGGUUAAGGUGGCUGCCAUUUUGCCUUAUUCUAAAUGUAUUGGUAUUACACUGUUGGCAUACAUGCAAAUUUACUAGUAAUGGCACGGCUUUGCCAGUUGCACCUUGCACUGAAGAUCUUGACCAGGUUACUGUGUAUAAUAGAACACUUGUUCAGUUCUGUGUUAUGGGACUAGUAAAUUUAAGUUUUACCUGUUACCUGUAAUAUUACACUUACUGCAAAAUAAAUACUCAUGAUGCAUUUCUGGCUUCCCAAACUCAAUUGUGAGGCUCUCAACAGCAAGAUAGUGCUGAAGCCUCAUUAAAUGACAGUAGCUAUGUUUUUAAAAGCUCCUGUUUAAAAAAAAAGUAUUAAUUUCUACCAAAUAUAAGGAGCCUGUAAAUUUAAUAGCAGAUGUCUUCCUCUAAAUUUUGAGGAAAUUGCAAGGAACUAAAAUAGCUAACUGAAAAACCAAUUCUCCAGUUCCUGGCUGUGAUGGACAGCAGUACAGAAAUAUGUUAGCUAGACUAAGAACAGAUGAACCUUGGUAUAGUUUGUCAGGCUAAAUUCUAACUACAUCAACUGGUAUUAAGACGUGGCUAAUUAAGAGUACUCAAAAGUAUUGCCUGGUCAACUUCCUGUGCAAAAAUGACAGCAAUACUCUGGGCAAAGUCACUUUUUGUGUGGAGACAAGAGAACUAUACAAAGUUAACUAGGAAAAUGGGAACCUCCGUCACUGAAGUUGGUCAUGUUUUUAUGGAAAAGCUGAAUAAACAUCUGUUUGGAAUGGUUUAGAAAUUACACUUGUACAGAAGGUUAUUGAAGACUAUUUUUGAUAUUCCUAUGACUCUUAACAUCUAGCAGUUAUAGAUAUGGAGGGCAAGUUGGGUUUCAGAUGUGAACCCAGAGCAGGGCUAAAUGCUGUAUCUGGCAGGAGCAUACCAAGUCCUUCUCCAACUUUUCCCCUGCCCCUGCCCCUGGACUGGUAAACGUUUUUUCUCCUGAGAAAUCCUACUAGAGGCAAAGAGGUAGAAGCAAGAGAAAAGCUUCUAUAAGCACACACACAUUUAUUGAUCCAUCACCAUGUUUUGAAACCUAUGUAUGCACAUUACUACCAACAGCAGUUCUUGCUGCCAUCCCAGCACUAACUGGCCUGACCAUAGUGUGUCUAGGGCACGCAUAAAAUUCCUUGUCCCAACAACUUGAGCAAAAGUGGCUAAAAGUAUCAACCAAAAUUACAGUUUAGUUCAUGUUUAGUAAGCAAUUUCAAACCAAUUUAAACCUGUGACAUCAUGCAGUAGAGUGGGAGCUUUUGUAUGGGCCCCGAACCGCUAGCUGUAUGCAUGUUCAUAAGUGAGAGGUUUCCAAUUCUCUGAAGUGGAAACAUCUGACUAAGGUGCAUGACUGUGAACUGGUCUUGGCUUGCUACAGAAACCUGGAGGGAGGGGAGAAGCUAUCCAUAACUUAUUGUUUUAUUAUUAUUAAUAAUAAAAAAGAGCUCAGGGGACACUUACGUUAACUUCGCCAAUCAAUGCAAACACACUGUCAGCCUUAAGGCAUCAGUAUUUAACUAAUCUAUUUUGGUGACAGCAGUGUUGAAGGCUGCACUCUUUAAGAGUUUUAUGUUAACUUUAUCUUUUCAUGUCGGCACCUAGCAACCCUUCUAGGCAAUAUUAACUUGUUCAGCCAAUAUAUUUAUUAUAAAUUUCAAUACUAAGUUCACAAAAAUAGUUAUGUGGGAAAUGCAUUGGUUACUGCCUUCCAGUACAAAAAAAUCCAUAGAGUUUCUAGGCUAAAAUGUUUAUUUAGCCUUCAGGUAGGACUAAGUCUCUUCCCCCACCCCAUUUCUUCCCCUUUCUUACUAGUAAAGAAAGGGAGCACUACUAAAACUCAGAGGGCUAGAACUAUUUUCAGUAAAUAAGGGAAUCAUUUCAUUAAGCAGAAAAGCUUUACAUUGCUGCUCCAGAGACCUGAGGAAAAGAAACAAGUAUAUUUUAUUUUCUGCAAUCAUAACUACUAAUUAAAGUGGCCCCCUCCACCCCACACCCCCCCAGAACACAUCUAUAAACUUGCUGAGGUUCCAAGUUUAUUUUUAAAGCUGAAAAUGGAUUUUUAUUUCUACUAAAUCACUUUCCAAGUUCUCUAACGUUGCCUAGUUGAGUUGUCAUCCUUGUGUAUACUCACAGCAGUCAAAAGGCAGCUAGCUGUUCACUAAAAAUCAAACUGCAUGUACACAGCCAUAGACUACUGACAUGCCCACUUCUUGAUUAGCCUUUGUUUUAACAGAAAAAUGUUGGAAGCAUGCCAUUUUACUUGUAAUAUGAGUACUUUCUUAUUAGUCCUGGGUCCAGGUUUGUAUCAUGUUGCCAAAUUAUUGCCUGUGGCUGACCAACUGCUGUUGUUUUUCCAGUUUAUAACAUCUACUUCAAAUCUAGGUGUACAUGAUACCCAAAUGAAAUAGCAAAGGAUAGCCCUUCUGUGUUGGAGGACUUGAUUUCUUCUUGAAGUAGUCAUUUUGGCUUAUUGUUUUGUGAUUCAAGGGGUGGAGCACUCUACUACAGCAGCAGUCUUUAUACAAGAACAUAUCCUGGGACUUCAUCCUGGUGAUGACAGCUGUAGCACUGUAGAGGCAGCACUGGGGAGAGGGGCCUGAUUAAAGUCAUUUGAAACUAAUUGUUGAAACUUGCACAUGUUUUCUGUCUGUAUAAGCUCAUGCAUAUUCUUCCCAAAAUUGGAUACAGGUAGCAUUCCCUAGUCACUGACAUCAGUAAGAAGUUCAGAAUGGGAAAAAGCUAGUCAGCCAAAAGCUAAUUUUAAGAACCAAUAAGAUGAGGCGGGGGCAGUGUUUGGAUGGGUUUUUACACUCCAGCCAAAAAGGAAGAAUAGACAUUUGCAACUCAUGCUUUCAUUACCCAAUUCUAGUGUACAUGUCUCUACUUAAAUGUACACAGAAAUACAAAGGCCUCAUGCUUUUAGCUUCAACUUUUAUUCCUCCUAUGCAUUAAGGGAUGGGGGGGAGGGGAGGGAGUCUUUUUUGAAGUAUGCCACUCCAUUCCCCUUCUGCCCAAUCUUCUGUUUUAUUUUGUUUCUUUCCCUGUAUUUCCCUACCUUAUCUUCUGCUGCACUAUGUACAAAGGCUGUCCAUGGCACCUGGGCCACAAGCUGGCCAGCCCUGCAUUAAUGCAUACUUGGGAGGGGACAUCUGUGCAUACAUACACCAGCUACACUAAUUCCCUCCUUUGGAAUGCCAUUCUGCAUACCAAGAGCCACAACUAAUUCUGUUCUGUGUUGGUAGGUAGAGGGCUCUACUCAGUGAGGAGACUGCUUCAGGGAAUGAAACUACUAAACCUUUCAUAAGUUAGUGUCCAGGAAGCUGGUCAUGAUUCAGCCUUACAAGUUGUUUGGUCAUCUUGUAUCAGGGCAAGUUAAAUGGUUGGUCAGGCAUGGCACCAGUUCAUAUGCAACUUAAUGACUUGUAUUUUUUUUUAAUUUACUUAAGAAAGACACAGGUCUAAUCCAAAAUCAAAAAUGAUUUUUCCAUCCUAUUGGACUACUAUUGUUUUGAUCCACACUCCCUAAAGAAUUUUAUUCUAAAGGGAAACACAUAUACAGAUCUUCUGUUGUGCUUCAAUGUGAAGUUCAAUGUAUUGUUUAUGCAGUGUAUACAUAAAUAUGUAUAUGUUGCUUACAUGGUGACAUAGGAUUUAACUGGCAUUACAUCAUCAUCACACCUGCUAGUACUUUCUUGUUGACAAUGCUGUAAUUGACAGACUCUUCUCUUUUGUCCAAUAACUGUAGAUAAUUGUAUCUACAUUUUUUAAUUCUUUCUCUAUCACAUCUCCAAAAUGUGGCUUUUUCUAUGACCCCCCAUAGCUAAAUUGUCUUCCUAGCUUCAUAAACAUAGAAUGGCCCAGUAAAGUCUAUUAAAAAUAAAGCUGUUGAAAUAAAUAGUCUUU